AUGGUUGCACAAUUUGUUAAGACGUGUUUUGUGCUUAUGAAUUUAGCUGGUGGUUUUAGUUUCCUAGUGGCUGAUUCUGUGAAAAGGAGUCAUUUACAAGGUAAGACAAGAGUUACACGCUCGUGGUCCUCUAUUUGAACUUGAUUCAUGAACCAAAUCACUUUCACCGGAACCCGUUGCUUCUAGCUAUUAGAGAAAAUAUAUUUGAGGAAGAGACAUAAGAGCUUUUAUACAUGUUUCCUUAAAGAUAUUUUAUUAGACCACGAUGUAUCUUUUUGUUAUAAAUAAUUAGGAAUACGUCAAAACAGUCAAUAUAAUCAACUCAAUCGUAAAAUGUCGCAAUUUCAUGAUGGCUUUUUUUUGUCAAAUUUGUUUUCAGUUGUUUGGUCGAAGUUUUGAAGAAGGAAAUGAAUAUGAUUUACUUUUGCUGUUUAUCAACUCAGUUUGAAAAGGAUCGAGUUUAUUGAAAGGUGAUCGAGAGCGUAAAAGUAGAGGAAAUAAGAUUCAUCUGGAAUUUUGGUUAAAUCAAAGUUAUUUCAGUGUAAAAAAAAGUCGUCAGCAGAGUAUGAGUCAAGAUGAAGGUGGUGUCUACUCGAAACGCAAAAUGCGUGCGCGACAAUGCCGAAAGGUUUCCUGGGUAAAGUUACCGGUACACACGUUUAUGGCCUAAAGAAGGUGUAAUUGAUCUACACUAUCUCCCCGUCUAGUGUUGAUAGACAGACAAAAAAAAAUAAGAUAUUUUCAAUGCUUCAACUCCAUUCGGAAUUGUCGAGUAGGCUUUCAAAUUUUCAUAAAUUAACCUUUCUGAAAACAUCUCUCUCAGAUCACUUGCGCGUGCGAAGAGGAUUUCGCUCAUAUUUUUACAACUAUUUGGACGAAAUUGCCAUGGCAACGUGUGCAGCCAUUCCUAGUAACGGACCAGGCCUGAUAUAUGCUGUCAGACGGUAAUUAACUGUGUAAUGUAUCAUAAAAAAGUAAUUUGCAUUUAAUUGAGAAAUACAAAGUUCUGCAAUUAUUCUACUUCGAAUCGAGUUAGUAUUGAGACCGAGAAUAUAAGUUUACAUUUGAAGCUCAUUUUUACGAUCCAUUUUAUUCGUGAAAUAUUUAUUGAGUUUAGAGACACAAAGAGGGUCUGGCCUCGGUCAGACUAGUCAGUAAAGGCUAUUAAAUCUCAAAAGCACAACGAUGGUAGAGAACGGUCAUUACCUAACUCAGGAGGAAGGGGAAGGAGCGGUCCGGAGGAAAAUGUACCUGAUCCCUGACCUCUGUAAUAUUCUUAUUACCCCCUUUCCCCAUCCCCCCCUCAUCGGCAAUCAAUUAGCGGUUAAGCUUUUAUGGCCCCUCUUUUAUACUCUGUUGGCAACAACUGACCUUCCUCUGUUCCACCUGGAAGCUUCUGGUUUUUUCAGUGAUAAUGAUGACGAUAUGAUGAUGGUUGUAUUUAACGGUCGGUCAAGCAAAUCCACUUUAUUGACGGGAUUAAUUGAUGUUGUGGUAUUUUGAAGACAGAUUUUUAAUGAAUUGACGAAUUAUUGCCAUAGAACUAUAAGAAAUUUAAGCCCUGCUUCUGCAGAUAUGAUUUGCACCGUCAUUGCUGACCAAAUACCAUAGCUGCUACCUAAAUGUGAUUUAAAUGUGUUCAUUUAGGACCUGUGGAGAGAAACCCGACUGCAAGCACAUCUGUACCGACAAAAAGUUACGAGAACAAGGACCAAAGGAAGUACAUAACCUUACCUGGGAUUGUACUGAGUCUUUACACGUCUACAAAAGGCAACCUGCCCUAGCGGACAAUUAUGAUGAAUAUACAGAUUCUCACAAACUAGGCUUGGCUGUGUUUCGCCAUCAUUCUUGCACUGUGGCUGAUUGUGGUCCAAACUACUGCUGCUGUAGAGCUGUUGCACUAUGA